GAAGCGGAAGCGGCGGGGGACGAUCCGGACCUUCUUGGCAAUUUCUAUUUGGAUCGGCUGCGAGGCGACGCGGCGACGCGGCCGAUCUGGGCUCUCUCGCGAGGUCUGGCGGGGGUUGUGGACGAGGCUUCGGGAAAUUACGAAAAUGAAUGCUCCAUGGCAAGACCGCUCGCCGCGCUGGCAGCGACCUGCAAACGGGCGCGGGACCUCUGUACGCCGGGCCUGCGCGCGUGGACACGAAGCACGUUUGGCGGUGCGAUGGACGUUGUAGCCAUACCGCCAGAAGGCCACUCUCGCGGAACGGCCGACGAACGCGAAGCGGACCACGAUGCUACGUUCGAAGCUCUUAUGUUCCUGCGCGCGGCAAUUAUACACCGCGCCCCGUCCGUGCUCCACCUGCGCGAGGGAUUAGCGACACAUUGCCUCGCGCUCAUACGCGACGCCAGUCGCUGCGCCGCCUGCCGCCUCGCGGCGUGCCACGCGCUCGCGGGCUUGUACGCCAGUCUCCAGGAAAAGGAUACGGCGGAGAGCAAACGUCUGCGCCUGAUGAUCGCGGCGGGCGUCUGCGAAGGUCUGAACGCGGAUGCAAAGGUGGCGCCCGAGCUGAACGCCGACGGCUUCGAGCUCUUCGACCGCGCCGACGGCCGCCGCGCGUGGCCGGAGCUGUGGGACGCGGCACUGCAGUGCGUCGACCUCGAGCCGUGUUAUGUGCAUGAAAACGUCAGAAACGACGACUGCGGCGCUCGGACCAUCGCCAUUGCACGGAUCGCACGCCGGGUCGACGAUAGCGUAGACGCACCGAUAGCCUGGGACACUGACGACGAAGACGACGUCGAGCUCGACCUGGGGCUGAGCGUGGCCGGCGGCCGGCGGCGGCAGGCGCGCGGCGAGUUGGCGGACGAGUUUGUGCGCCGAAGUGCCGGCCGCCUGAGGCGAGAGCUCCGGGAGUGCGUGGGAAGCGUGAUCGCGCUGGCAGGCAUCGCCCUCCGUACCGCGACAUGCGACCUCGAUGACCAAAUGCAGCGCUGUCUCUGCGCCCUUCUCGCGGCCGCGCUGCGCACCGACGGGCAGGACGACGACGAGGACUGCGAUUCCUCGCAACGCAUCGCCUACACCGCCGCCACCGUCGCGGCCCGGCUCCUUUCAAAUGCACAAGCCUGGAAUCUGCGUCCGGUGCGGGCGAGCGGGCUGCCUCGCGCCCUUGCCGCUAGAUGUAGGCGGUCCAAUUUGCCCCCUGUCGGCCCAGAUGACAUAGAUGAACUCACCUCGCUAAGAGAUGAGUUCAGGAACCUGAACGAUGCCUCGGCAUUGCCGGAGAUGGUGCUGGCGUAUGAUCUUUUUUUCGGCGACGGGGACAUGGCGAUUGACAGUGUUAUAGCAUCCGUCGCGAUGGUGGCGCUCGUCAACUACGUCCCAAAGGCGCCGACCGACGGCUGUGCGCUAGUCUUGACAACCUCUUGUCCGGAGGCGCAGGAUCUGAAGGAUUUAAUAAAUUCAAUGACUGCCAAGUUCUCGCUCUCGGCGGUCGACGCCGCGAUCAUGCGCGUCGCCGCCCGCGACGCGGACGGCGCCGACGACGAGGCCUACCACUCGGCGGUCGCUGUGCUCGUCGAACAUGUUGUAUCCGCUGGCAGCACGUGGGUGGACCUGACGGACCGUGGUACCAUUGACGCGCUAGUCGAUGUGAUCGUGCGCGAGAGCACGAGGCCCGCCAUGCUUGGUGCGGUUCCGGGAACGUUUUCUCAUUUGUUACGCGUGUCGACGGAUACCCCGCGCACGGACGCGGGGCUUCUGAGGAAUCUUAUACGUGUGGCCGUUGCCCUCUGCCGGCUCGCCGCCGACAGUGAUGAGGCGAGCACAAAUCUGAUCACCGAUUCUCUUUUGGCGCUUCUGACAGCCGCGCCGCCUUCGCGCGACGUGGUCUACGUCAUGGCGCGGGCCCUCGCCCGCGGUGGCGCGUUCUUGAAGGGGGGUACCAGAGCCGGUGUCCUCGUCGCUUCGCUAAUCAAGCACACGACGCACUCUCCACCAGGAAGGCUGGGCCUUGUGCCACUGCUCAUUUGCGACGAAACCGUAGAGGUCCUGUUGCCGCUCUUGAGCUGUGCCGAUUGGAUCCAAAUUCCGACGGACGUUGGUAUUUUCGAAGUCUUUACUGCUUACCCGUCCCCCGGCUUCUAUGACAAACAUGACGGCCGCCUGCAGGUGAGGGACGUGGCCGCCCUGCUGCUGUGCGUUAGGUCGCUGCGGUUGCCUGACGACUUCAUGGCAAAGUUCGACGAUGACAAUUGCUGGGACUUUGGCGCGGGACUCGAUAGCGCGGACGGCUACGACUACGAUGACCACCGAUGGGAACACGUCGGAAAACUCACGCUUGAACACUUUCGGGCGCUGCUCGACAUUGUCAAGGACAGUGCAUAAAUCUCCGCCACUGCUGAAUUAUGACAUCCACGCCAUCGACGCGACGCCAGCUCGACCCGACUCACCGGUUGAUUUAUGCACAGGCCAAGGACGCGGGCCGGCCGUCCGCGCGGAUCGUCUACGAGUUUCUGCGCUACCUAUCGCAAUCGAUGAUGCGAAAGGACUCGCCCGAAUUUAGCAAGGCCUUGUUCGUGCCGGUGGCGAUGGCGCUCAAGGAACACGGCCACCUCGCGAAGUGGGGUAAAAAGGGCCACAAGACGGCCGAGAAGCUGCUCAAGACGCUCAUGAAGCUGGGCGACGACUGCGUCGUGGUCGCGCUCGACGCCUUCGCGGAGGCGGCGAUAGGAGUCCAGAAGCGCAUCGCGAAGCGGCGCGCCGCGCGCGGAGGCGGCACUGGCGGAGGCGGCGCUGGUGAUGGUGCGGCUGAGGACACGGCCGCGCGCCAGGCGGCGGCGGACCAGGCGGCGGCAGAUCUCCUCGCGUCGCUUGAGGCCGAGGAGCACAGGCCGGGGACCACGAAGAAGUCCAGAAAAAAAGGCAAGAAAGCGUCGGUGCCGCGCCGCGCCCGCGCCAGCGCCGGCCUCCGCCGCGGAGGUGUCUUCGUCUUCGUCUUCGUCUGAGGACGACGACGACGACGAUUUGCUGCUCCUGGCGAAACAACAAGCUUCGCGGUCGGCGCCGGCGCCGCGCGCCCGCGCCCGAACGCGCCCCCUGCUGCGGCGCCCGCGCCCGCGGUUAAUCCCGCCAUGGCCUUCGCGAGCGCGCUCCGCGGCUGGAUCGUUUCCAGGGCGGCCGCAUCGUCGGUACGGAUCUCGCGCCCUACAAAAGCCCGGCGGCGCGUGGACUUUCAGUGCCGAAGGGCGGCGCCCUUAAGCUACUGCGGACGGUGGCCGCUCCUGCCGGCCUGCGUAUCUCUCAGGACGGUCCGCGCAUUGUUAUCUCCAGCGUCGGGGCCGUAG